CGGAGCGGGCGCUCUACUCCUCGGCGCUCCGGUUCUCUAUGGUAGAUCGUUGACAGCCGUGCUUGGUUUAGGCGGAAGUGCGCCGUGUCCAUGGAGAUGAUGUCUGCUUAUGGCGGAGAGAGCUCGGAAAUCCCGUCCGUUGGCAGCAGCGGCAUCUCGGUGACACCGACCCUGUCGUGGCUACCGGAUAGCGUGCUGCUGGAGGUGCUGAGCUUCCUGUCCGUGCGUGAUCUCAUCCGGAGCUGCAGAACAGCGAAAACCAAGGCAGGGGACGGCCAAGCAGGCUGCUACAACGUGGUCUGGGCGGCUGGCAGCUCCUCCGCGUGCCUGCAGCAGGGCUCAAUGAAGAAAAACACCCGCCCGGGAAUAUCCUAUUAUGAUGAGGACGUUCUGAACUCGAAGAUCCUCUGGCACUUGGUGAGGCAUUGGCUCGGCACCAGCAUGCAGACUCUGAAGAUCAAAGGUUUUCUUCUGUCCGCCAAGAAGCAAGAGUUCCUGACCCCGGCCAUCCUCCAAGUGCUGGAGAAGCGUUUCCCCAGCCUAGAAAACCUCCACCUGGAGGAGACCAGCCUCCGAUCCCUGAGCUACGACUACCUGCCGUCCACCCUGAAGACGCUGGAGCUGUCCCAGUGCGAGAUCCCAACGACCUGGUUCAAGUCCUUAGCCAACAAAAUCAAAACCCUGCCAAAGCUGGAGACCCUCGUCCUGAGCAACGUCUCUUCCUUCUCCAACCACCACCUGGAGGCCAUCUGCAGCCAGUCGGCCUUAAAGACCCUUUACCUGGCCGGCACCUACCGAGUCACCGACAUCGGCAUUCAGAAAGCCGUCCCCUACCUGAAAGGACUCGAGCACUUCAAACUCAACGGCUGCAACGUCACGGAUAUCACGCUGCACCUGAUCGGCUGCCACCUGAAGCACCUACGGACCUUGGCGCUCACCAACUUCUGCUCGUUGACGGACGCCGGCCUGGCCUGCCUGUCCGGCAUUAAGACUCUGGAGAAGCUGUGGUUGGAGUAUUGCUUCCGGCUCUCCUCGAACUGCAUCAUCGCCGUGUGCGUCAACAUGGCCGCCUUAAACUACCUUAACCUCAAUGGGAUCUUUUUCGAGGACCAAGGGAUCGACGAGAUCCGGAAAAGCCUCCCGCACUGCGCAGUCACUAACUCCUUUCCCAAUAUGGACUCCAAGUGUUAAGGAGGCGGAG